GCGAUUGACGUACUAUAUUGUUGAUUUGAUAGUUUAUGAAAGUGCCGGCCGAUAAGGGAGAUAACAAAAUAAACGAAUUGCCAAUAAUAAACUGAGAUCAACAAAAUAUAAUCAAACUCGAUUUUUAGUCAUUAGCCUUAUUGUGCGUAAAAAUGUUUUUCCAAAAUUCUAAUAAAAUCUCUUGCCUUGAAAGUGACCCGGCAAGAGUAGCCAGAGAAAUGCAAUCGCUUUUAAAAUGGUUAGCGGAUAAUCCAAACAUCAAUGCUCGCAUGGAUUAUGAGAAUUUAACAUUUUUUUUACGUAGUUGCAAAUAUGACUUGGAACGUACCAAAAAGAAGAUCAAAUGUUUCUAUCAAAUGCGAGCCGAACGUCCCGAAUGGUUUUGUCAACGUAAUCCAUUUCUGCCCGAAGUACAACAAUUACUUGAACUGGGUGUUUUUUUACCGAUCGACGGCGUAGACGAUGAACAACGUAAAGUCGUAGUCGUUCGAACAGCGGCACAUGAUCCAAAAUUGCAUACGCAGAACAAUGUCUUUAAAGUAAGCAAAAUGAUUUUAGAUUUAUUAUUGCACAUGGAAAUGGAAAAUUGCUCCCGCGGUAUUGUGGCAAUUUUUGAUAUGAAUGGCGUUCAAUUAGGUCAUGCUUUGCAAUUGAAUCCUAUAUUAAUUAAAAGAUCCGUUGAGAGCUGGCAAGCUUAUCCAUGUCAACCCAAAAAAUUGGAAUUUGUGAACUCACCGACUCAUGUUAAUUUGGUAUUGAAUACAUUCCGCGUAUUUAUGACAUCGAAAAUGCGUUCUCGUGUUCUUGUACAGAAAUAUGGUUGUUCAAUAAAAUGCGCCAAUUUACCUAAAGAAUUGGGUGGAAAUGGUCCCGAUUAUACAGAGUUGACAAUUAAAUGGAAAUGUUUAGUUGAAGCAAAUUCCAAAUUCUAUCAAGAGGAUGAAAAAUAUAAAAGUAUAUUAAAAAAUUAACUAAAUGAGGAGGAAAAUUGAAGCUUCACGGAACAAAGUUUACAAAGGGGGGAUCAAACUGUAAAAAAGUAUUAAUAAAAAGUUAAGUCGCGAAGAUAUAAUAAACAAGAAGGAUAAAGAGUAAGUUUUAAGAAAAGAAGA